AUGAGCAGCCUAGAGCACUAGCGGUGUGAUUACAGAAGUUGCCCAGGUGUUUGACUGGUAUGUUUGUCAAGAAUCCACAUGUAAAUAACGUACAACGGUACAUGCAUUUAUUGCAAUACGCUUGUCAAGACUUUGAGCGACCAGUUGAAUUUGGAGACAGAAAGCAGCUUUUUUUUUAUAGCGCUAGUUAAGAUCGCCGAUCUGACCUCACUUUGCCUUCACCAGUAUGUCUUGCUUAGAGUGCGCCGAGUCUCAACUUGCAGAGAUCGAGCUGCUGACCAGCAUGUUUCCCAGCCGGGAGGAGCUGGAGAUCAGCGACCAGCUGGCACUAGCUGAGCUCAGAGUCUACGUGGAGGGUUCAGCUUCAAUGGAAACCCCUCCUUCAUCUUCCAGACCUCAGUUUCUCAUCAAGCAGCAGCUGGACCAUGCAAGCACGGAGAAGACGGAGUUCGUUCUAGCAUGUGCUUAUCCAUCGGAGUAUCCCCGUGUGUUACCAGAGAUAACUGUCCGCAUAUUUUGUUUGUGCAUUAGGUGUGCUGGCGUCAGCAGGGCCCAGCAGACAGAGCUGCACACGGAUCUCAAUGCGUACCUCGUGGAAAACUGCCAGGGGGAAGUAUGCGUGCUCUCCGCUGUGGACUGGGUCAAAGACCACCUGCAGGUCUUCAUCAAUAAGAGUUCAUCAGCACCAACGGCCUCUAAGCAGGAGUCUGCAUCUCCGGGGCCACAGGAAGGGUUCAGCCGACUGUGGAUUUACAGCCACCACAUCUACAACAAGACGAAGAGGAAGAACAUCUUGGAGUGGUCCAAGGAGCUGGGCUUGUCAGGAUUUAGCAUGCCUGGGAAGCCGGGCAUCGUGUGUGUUGAAGGUCAUCAUUCUGCCUGCGAGGAGUUCUGGUCCAGAGUGAAGGGUCUGACAUGGAAGAAGAUCAUGAUUCGACAUAGAGAGGAUAUUUCCCUUGAUCUUACGGGAGAGCACAGCGGAGCUGGUGAAAGUAUAGACUCCCUACGCAAAUUCACUGGCUUUGAAGAGGCCAUGUUUGACCCCCAUGGGAACAGAGGUAAUCACAUGGACCUCGGGCAGCUCUACCAGUUCUUGAAUGAAAAAGGCUGUUCUGACAUCUUUCAGAUAUAUUUUGGCAUUGAAGGGAGGUAGAGUUUACAUCCCGGGAGUGUAGAUAUGCACACUCGGGCCUCGUCAUUGAAGUCAAUUCUUAUGGAUUCCACAAUGCAUUCUGUUCAUUUCUAUCUUAUUUUUCACAUAAAAUACAUGUUAAGCUUGUGGUCACAUGUACCUAUGAUAACUAAAUAAGCUUUUCAUAGCUUUUUCUGCAAUUUUGAGAAAGUAAAACUUAUUUUUAGCUAACAGGCAUGUUUAAGCCUUAAAAGAUCUUCGUAAUAUUGGCAAUUUGAGUACUUUAAAGAUUACAACUUGCCCUAGGUGAUGAUUUCCCAUAAAUUACAACACGUUGUAUUACUACCAAGCGGUUACAGGAUUUCCAGGUCUGAUACCACAUUAAUAAUUGGACAACCUAGUCAACAAUAUGCUGGAUAUCUGUUUAUGAAAUCUUUCCAUUUACCUCUUUUGAAUUAUAGAUAACAUAACUGUGGAAAGUCUCUCUCCAAUUUUCUUUGAAGGAUUUGUUCUCAGGUAAAAUGGGGUUUAUUCUGGGUUACACUGGUAUUGAAGAUGAAUCUUAAUUUUCAGCCAUAAGUCAUAUUAAUAUUUCUGUGCAUUAUUGCCAUAUAUACUGUAUGUUUUAAUGAUGUGGAAAUACUGUAUAUACUAUAUGAACGGAAGGAACAAAUUACAAUGAGAACAUCGUACAAAAGUAGUUGCAGUAGCAGCAGUUUGCCGGCGUUGCAUUGAAUUUACUUGCAAACUUGUUUAGGCUACAAUGCCCAACAGAUGGCAGUAUUAUAUCACCAAAGUUGGAAUACCUGAGCCUAGAUGUUGCGUCUUAUUUCUGUAUAAUCAAACAUUUACAAUUUAUAACAUGGAUAUAUGGUGAACAGCAUUUAGCUCAACUUGAAAGAUACAAUAAUGAUUUCGUUAAAAAUAAUGUCAUGGUUAUUUGAAUCAAAUAUUUCUGUAAUAAAAAAAACAACUUUUGUUAAUAUCAAUGUAAAUGUAUAUUUUAAUCUGUAAAAUGCCAAGUGGGCUUUAUCAACAGCUAGACAAUAACACAGAGUUUCUAAAUAGCCCAUACUCCUCUUCAUCAUAUCAUUUGUGUAUCUGUUAAAAAAAUAAUUGAUAUUUUUUAAGUUUUAUUGUUUUUAACUUUUCAACAGACACCUGAUUCAGAGAUUGUGAACUGUAUCCACAACUCCCGUUUUAGUCCACCAGGAUUUGAUAUUUUAAAUCAGGACGGGCAACCUCUUUUGCGUCUUGGAUUCUAAAAUCGCUUCUUCAGUUAGCAUUUCUAGAGUAAUGUCUUUAGGCCAAAUCAGUCACUUUAUGCCUUUUUUAUUCUAACUGUACACAUUUAUGUUUUUUUAAAUUACUACACAAUUUCCAUCUGCAUUCCUUGUGUUGCACACAGAACAAUCACCAAUCCCUGAAUGCAUUACUUUACAUGCAAAACCAUUACACAGUGUCACUAUACAGACAGCAACGGGCAUCAACCAUGAUUACCAGCUCAUUUAUUCUCUGCGACUAUUAAAUGAAUGUUGAGAUGAUAGUCUGCAUAUGUUUUAGAGGGAGUAUAGGAAAAACUCAUAAGUAUCUUGAAAGCCUGCCAAGCCAAAAACUGUAAAAUAAGCUAAUCAAGUCUGUUCCUUGUGGGCUGAUUGCAACCAACUGAAUACCCGCUCACUCUUCAUUCCCAAGGCUGCACUGUGUGGAUCACAAUGCCAAAGUUUCUCAAGUUAAAGAAAACAAUAGAGCCUCUCCAGAGCCACUAUUUGAUGUGUAUGUUCUGUGCUUUUGAAGGAGCUCGUGGUGUAACAGGCAUCACGCGGAUUCUGCAAAAACGACCAGCUCCCUGUGCAGAUAUAAAGGGUUUAUUUGUGUAUUUGGACAAUAUGUCCCUGUGGUGGAUUAUUCAUGAUUUCAUAACAAAACAUUUUAAGGCUAUUUUCAGAAGAAAGGGUUUCAGACAAACGUUAGAGCCUACGAGGUGUAAACUUCAUUGUCUGCCACACUGAUCACAAAAGAUAGAUCAUUGGUUACUUUAUUAAUCCUGCAAGGAGAAAUUACUGAAUUGAAUCUAUAUUUACAGGUUAAUAAAGUAAACAGAUAUUAAAAAUGCACUGCAUACAAAGGAAAUAGAAUAAUAUAAAUUGUUAACUAACACAACAAUAGUGCAAAUAUCUAACCAAACAAUCAAAUAACUAUAUUAGGGUUGUGUGCUUGAUUUGACCUGAAGGGAUUUAAAGCACUGGAGCCGUGUUGCUACCUGAACUUGCAGCUUGGUGCAAAUCAUUAACGCUGCUGUCAAGUCAAGUGUAGAACGCAGUUAUAUUUGCUUCUUUGUUAUAUGUAACUUGCCUGCAGCCUCUGUAUUCUUCAUCCUUAGUGAUUCACUGAUUACAUUUUCUUCUUUUAAUUAUGGAGUGCAGGAUUAAAUCAAUGGAGCAUGUCAAUGUCCUUCAACUCACAAACUUUGCUUCACACUUUCAUAGUAUAUAGAGGCCACUAAUGCACAGUGUCCUGCCUACCUACAAUUAGUUUGUGUUACAUCUCAAUGAUGAGGCUCAGCAGUUAAAGGUUUUGCUUGCACCCGGAAACCUCUGAGGUGUUUUGGUGUUUCCUCUCUACUGCCUCUCUCUGGAUCAUUUCCUCACACUAUCCUGCAUUGCAGCAUUUCCUUGUCCUGUGACAUAUUCAUUUUAAAAUUAUUAUUUUUAUUAUUUUUACAUUAAAACCUAAAUGGCUGAGGCUGUAGGUGAGACCAAUGCAUACUUUCAUCUCUUGUUGGAUUACUGGGGUGACAUUGAGAAGUUGGAUCAUAAAAAGACUUCACAUUAGCCGCUGAAUCAAUCAACUGAGGCUUUUACCCACUGCCAACAUCUCCUGGUUUGCAUCGUGAAGCUCAUCAUCCAUAUGAACGUUCCACAGAUGUAUUUACACCCCAUGUUUGAUGCAAUGAGCUAUCGAUCAAAACCCAAACAUGUAGCCUUGAUUUAAUGAGCAAGAAUGAGAAGCAAAACACAUUCACUGUUUUGACUUUUUCCUCCAAUAGUGCAGUGCAUUUGUACUGCCUAGAUCAGUUCUUGUGUGACGACACAAUGGCUCCGUAGGGUUAAACGUUCCACAAAGUAAAUAGGACCUGUAGUUUAUAACUACUUAAUUUGGCAAAUACAGCAGACAUUCUAAUUGUUCUUGAAGCCCAUUUUGCCAACUGUUAAAGUAAUUUAUACAUUAAAGUUCUUUCACAUAUGGUUAAUCCAUAUUUUUCUUUUUUCAUAAUUUCAGACAAUAACCAAAUUCUGUAGGUCUAUUGAACUAGUGAUGCAUAUAAUUGAAUGGUGAUGUAUUUCAGCACAGGGAUAUAAUUAUGCCUCUAUAGCCGGCACUCUUUCACAAAGCAAAUCUAAUAUACAGGGUGUUGUUUUGCAUUACGUGAAGCUGCAAACACUGAAGAGGGAAAUUCUUUAAUGAAAUUUGCUCAAUUUGGUCUCAGAAACCUUUAUUGUCCCGAAAGAGAUGCACAGCACUGUGCUUACCUCCUACCUCGUUCUGUAGCAAAUGUGAACAAACAUUUAUUCUUUGGGCUGGUUGCAAAUGCAAAAAAUCAAUAAUGUUCGAACUUCACUGACUUCUUGGGUAUGAAUUAAUCAUACCAUAUAUUUCUUAGGUUGCACAGUUACACUGUACAGUUGUUCUCCUUUACAAGUUAGUUUGGAGCAUUCGUCGUACUGUGAUGUAAUAAAUGUGGUGGCAUAACAACGGAAGCCAAUCAUUUUCACAAUUUUUUUGUUUUCUUUAGUAUAAUACAAAUAAAACAUCAACGUAGCAAUAUUCAAGUUGACUGUAAUUCAUCAGUCCAACUGAUUGAAUGCAUUAGGGAUUGUACAUCAUCAUUGAUUUACAUCACAAUGUAACAAGAGGUUCACAACAGAACUCCUUUUCAUAGUGUAUCAGUCUGCUAAUUUGUGUUGCAUUACCGUUUUCAAUUGAGUCAAGGUAAACUUGAUAAUCAAAGCAAUUAAAAACACAAUUAGUUGUGUUUCCAAGUGUUAUGUGGAAGCUUGCGAGGGAGCUCUUUGGGAUUCUGGACCUUCUCCCCUGAUGACCCCUCAAGGUGAACUCUUGUAUGGCUGUCCAUCCCAUGAAUACUAAACAUGGCUGAAUUAAACAUGUUCUCUAUUCACACUACUAUUUAA